GUGAUUAUAUGUUAAGUGCUUCUGGCAGAUAUCAAAAGGUGCAGCCUCAUUCUCGCCUGAUAUUCCGGGGUACAGCCUCGUCAUUAACGCGAGGCUACGCUAGUCCCGCCGCAGAAGAUCAACACUUCCUCCCUACCCACUGAGCCCAACUUCGCCCGCAUUUUCCAUCACCACUCUCUAUUCUCGAAGAUUAAACGAUCUGCCAACGCGCCAAAUAGCAUCCUCUAGCACAUCGCCCUGUCAAAUUCGCAGAUAUGGGCGCGUCAAAACCAUCAUCCUCCUCCGCCGCCACGCGCCGCCAAAAGUUCGCGACCCUCGAACCUCGCAUCAAGAACAUAUCCCAAGCAACCAUCCAGAAAAAAUGGAAACCCCUCCCCACCACCUCACAAGACAAAAUCAGACAACUCGUCCUGAACAUCAAAUCCAAACGCUCCGGCAGCACAGCCCGGAUCCCUCCCUUGAAUCGCUCCCAGACCAGCAAACCCAAGUCCACCUCGAAGGCCUCAAUAAAGGAAGAAGAAUACGAGAAAAUCGUCGCAGAAAUCACAGACAAGCUCAUCUCCCGCCUCCCACGCAUGCCCUUCCCACCGAUCCCAACCGCCGCACAGGACGAGACCCCAUUCGACCUAUCCAACACAUUACACCGAGUAUCCUCGCUCCAAUCGCAAUUGACCACGAACAUCCAAUCCGCGCAUCUGCUGAGUCGUCAAAUCAAGCGCGAACAAAGAGCCCUCAAACAAGACCGCGCCGAACUCGCGGCGUUGGAAAGAGGAUUGAAAUCCAGCAGUGAGCUCCGUCGCAAGAAAGAGCGGGGAUUACAUCCUAUCGUACAACAACUCGACGACAACCAGGACGAUGCACAAGUUGAACAAAUUAAGCGUAUCAACACGAUUGCAGGCAUUUCGAGUACGACCACCACCACGACCGCCACGCCUACCUUGAAUGGUGAUUCGGAUCCAGAUCUUGGACCCCUUCUCACCCAGCUCCGGAGUCAUCUGGUCAGUAUGCAGAAUAACGUGGCGGGCAUGAAGCCGGUGGUGGCGGCCAUUGACGAUACCAAGAUGGCGUUGGACCUAUUCGCUGCCAGGAAGCUCGACCCGCGCACACGUUGACGAGGUUGUAUAGCGUCUAAAUCUCAUCGGGAAGCAUUAUAGCUUUCUCCAAGAGUAUCAUGUUCAAGUGCUUUGAACAGGAACAUUACAGAAUGACCGGUAUCGAAUAACCCUCGCUCCGUCAACAAAGCGCACUCGCAGUCGUAGACUACGAGUUCCGCAACGCAUAAGAUGCAAUGACUUCAUGAUGAAAAAUGUCCAUACUACUAAUUACCUACGAAUGUAUGAACACGAGUGUGAGAAAAGAGCAUCACAAGGGUCGAUUCUGGUUCUGACUCGCAAACUAAC